AUGACCCAGCUUUACGAUGUCAUUAUCGCCGGCGCGGGCCCCGUCGGCCUCCUCUUGGCAUGCGAAGUAGCCUUAGCAGGCGGAUCCGUCCUCAUCAUGGAACGGGACGCCAAGCCCGAGUCCGAGUGGAAGAGCAAUCCCGUCGGCUUCCGAGGGCUCCACCUCCCCUCCGUUGAGCUGCUCUACCGCCGCGGCCUCCUCGGCAAGCUCUACGACCUCACCAACCGGCCCCACACACCCCCGAAAGGGCCCGGGAUGCAAUUCGGCGGCCACUUCGCAGGCAUCCCUCUGAACCUAAAUCAGCUUGACCUGAAUCGCUGGAAGUACCGCCUCCCGGGCCCAUCGCUGAUGCCGGGCCCCAUCACGAUCGAUCGCAUUGAGGCUGUCCUCACCGAGCGGGCGGAGAGCCUGGGCGUCACGAUCCUCAGGGGUCAUGGGUUCAACAGGAUCGUCGAGGAGACGCAGAGCGGGAUCACGGUGGAGGCAGGAGACGAAGGGCAGAACUUCCGCGGGCGGUGGCUCGUCGGAUGCGACGGCGGCCGGAGCGCGAUCCGCAAGGCGGCAGGGUUCGAGUUCUCCGGGACGGAAGCGACUUUUACCGGGUACGUCGUCCACUGCGACCUGGAUCAUCCCGAAAGGCUGGUGCCGGGGUUCGUGCCCACGCGGCACGGCAUGUACAUCUUCAGGAAGCCCGACAUGGUGUACCUGAUGGACUUUGACGGCGGCGCGGGGCAGAAGGCGGAGCACUCGCUGGAGCGGCUGCAGGACAUCCUGAACCGCGUCACGGGCAAGCCGGACGACGUGCGGAUGACCAAUAUUCACCUCGCGACGCCGUUCACGGACCGGAGCAAGCAGGUGACGACGUACCGCAGGGGGAGGGUGCUCCUCGCCGGGGAUGCGGCGCACAUACACCCCCCUCUCGGGGGCCAGGGCAUGAACUGCGGGCUGGGCGACGCUAUGAACCUGGGCUGGAAGCUGGCUGCCUCGGUCCGACAGGAGCAGCAAAGCCCUGACGGCAAGGCCAACUUUGAGUUGAUUGAUACGUAUGAGAGGGAGAGGUAUCCGAUUGGAGAGUUCGUCCUCGAGUGGAAUCGGUCGCAGGUUGCGGCGCUGCAGCCGAACGAGACCGGGUACGCCGUCCAGAAGCUCGUCCGCGACCUGAUCGCGACCGACGACGGCGCCAAUCAUUUCAUCGACCGGGUUUGGGGCCUUUCGCAGCGGUAUGAUCUCGGCAGCGACGUGCAUCCGGCCGCAGGACGAAGCGCCCCGGACUUUACGUUCAAGGACGGCACGAGGUUGGGGCCAAAAAUGGAGCUUGGCCGUGGAAUGCUCAUCGACUUUGAAGACGAUGGCGCGUUGAAGGGUUUGGUCACAGAGAAGUACGCAAAGAGGCUCGACUACAUCGGAGAAGAGGUGGAAGACAGGCGCGGAAUCCGUGCUUUGUUGAUUCGGCCAGACGGAUUCGUUGCGUGGGCAGUGGAAGAAGGUUCAGAAGCUGAUGUUGAUGAAUUGAAGAGUGCGCUAGAGAAAUGGUUUUGA